AUGAGUGAAUUUCCAAAAUUAGUUGAUGAUUGUUUACAAAAUAUAUUCGAAUAUUUAAGUAAUGAUUUAAAAGCAUUACACUCAUGCGUUCUUGUUAAUAGAAAAUGGUGUCAAAUUUCAAUUCCGGUUUUUUGGAGAGAUCCAUGGGAAUAUCGAAGAGUAGGAUCAUUAAAAAAAUCUUUUACUAUAAUCAACACAUUUAUUUUAACAUUACCAGAAGAAUCUCAACGAAAAUUAUUACAAAUUGAAAUUAUUCAACAUUCUUUUCUAAAAAAACCAAUAUUUGAAUAUUCGAAAUUCUUACAAAGUAUAGUUUUACAUGAAUUGGAAAAUGAUAUUAAAAUUUGGAUUCAUCAUCAAUCAAAUCAAUUUAAGCAACGUAAAAGGAAAGUCAUCAAGAAUUUUUCAUUGAUUGAUAAUAAUAAUAUAAAAGGAAAUGAACAAAUACAGAAUUUCAAAAGGAAUAAAAAGAAUUUAAUGUAUGAAUUACUUAAAUUCUUUCUUAUUCAUUCACAAAAAAUAGAUACACUUUACGUAUUGGAUUUUAAUUUUUCUUUUAUAAUGGAAAUUAUUAAAAGAGAACCAAUAGCAAAGAAUUGUAUCUCUAAUUUACGAUAUUUGCAAAUUGGAUCUCAUAUGCUUCCAAUAUAUUUAUCAACAUUAUCAGAAAUCUCAAAUAAUCUUGAUCAUUUAGAAAUUGUAAAUCAUAAUCUAUGUUCUGAAGAAUUAAGAAAUUUUAUUACCGUGCAAAAUAAUUUAAAAGAAUUAACAAUAGAAGCUGGUAUAAUUAGAUCUAUUAAUGAUCCAAUUACUAAUAAUACUAUAAUUGAAAUUUUUAAAAAAAAAUCGAUUAUUAAACUUACUAUUAAGGAUUCACCUAGUAUAUUCAUUGUUUUGAAAGGUUUUGAUAGUUUAACAGAAUUAAUUAUAAUUUAUAAUAACAAAUAUUCUAUAAAAUUUUGGGAAUAUAUGGCAAAUUCAUCAUUGAAAAAUCUAAAGAAAUUGAUUAUCAAUAGUAAUAAGAUUUAUUAUGAUAUUAUUACACAAUUUAUUAAUAAUUCUUCUUGUGAUUUAGAACAAUUUAUCAUCACUACUACUUCAAAAGUUGAAGAUCCAUGUGAUAUUGGAUUAUAUAUCAAUUCUAUAAGUAAUAAUUGUCCAAGUUUAACUAUAUUUAAAGGAGUAAUUAGUGAAAGUAAUGUACUUGAAUUGUCUCAAUUAUUAAAAAAAUGCAUUAAUUUAAAAAUUUUACAUCUUUAUCCAGUAAUGCAAGAUGUUGAACAAAAAAUGUGUCAAUUUGAUAAUCUUUUAAAAGAGAUGAUAAAUAUUUCUUCAAAUAAUUUAUCCAGAUUAUAUUUAGAAAAUGGCUGGAAAUUAACAUUAGUGGAUUAUUUUAAAAAUUUUAUGGAGAAAAGAGAAUUAUUAAGACUAAAACCAAUAUCUUUUCAUGCUCAUAAAAAUUUUGCUUAUAACUCUUCAAUAUUUUUAACUAUUUGUGAAGAUUAUAAGCAAAAAGAUUAUUUAUUAGAUUAUUAUUUUUACAAAUAA